GCGUAGCCUUGCUGAUCAGUUUGAGAAUCUUGCAACUGUCUCAUGGAACUUAUUCCUGGCAGAAUUUUUCAGUUUCCACGCUUUGCGAUUUUCCAUACCGAAAAGAUCUCAGCAUAUCGCUGCCUCAAGUACUGAGUCUUUCCUUCUUCAUUAAGAUCUCAAAUAUCACAAACACGUCUUUGCAAACUCAAGAGCAUUGCUGAUUAUGGCUAUCAUGGCUGGAAUGGAGGGCGAGAUUGAGGUGCGGGUUAAGAGGCACUCAGGUACAUAUUGUGAGAGUGAAACACGUGACUUCAGGGUCACGUGCUACCAACGUUUAGUAUUUAUAGCUUCUCUUCUGUAGACCUAAAAAUAUCAUCGAAUUUUCUACCUUCUAAAGUUGUCUCCUGAAGAAUUGAGUGCCCAGCUCUUACCGUCUCCCUCACCUCGCUGUCGCGAUGUAGCGAUUCACCCCAUUUUACUACGUGUAGCCACUUGCUCUAUGCUUGGUAUAUGCGAAGGCUUUUCUUGUGUGACCAUUACCACCUUCUACUCGUUUACAAUAUUAUGAUGAAUACGUCAAACUCAAACCCAGUGAAGGAUCUUCCAAUUCGCACAAUGAAAGAUAUAUCAUGGUAGGGUAUAAAGAUACGUAUUAUAUUGAGGUCACAUUAAAGGAGGGCUUUGAUUUUGGAAAGUACGAUUUAGUUCAAGCUAAGAUGUGCGUGGACGGCAAGGAAGUUUCCUACGUUGAUUUCAAGCCACCACCUAAUGGACUUGACGAGACAAAAACAAAAAGAGACGUCGUCGAAAAAAUCCAGUACGCAAAUGUAGAGAUUAACGGACGACCGCAAGGCUCAAAGUUUGUGUUCUGGAAUAUGGAAAUGGAGAAAGAUACAGAACAGUCCAAAGAGACUGGAGCUAUGAACACACUUCCACAAAACAUUCCAGCUUUUCAAUUUCACAUUGUCUUCUUUGAAAGCUCGACAGUCACAUUAUCUGAUCACGAGUACAAAGAAGCGAUAGUAAGUUGGGAAAAUGAGUGUGCUAGGCUUCGUUCUAAGUCUCAAGAUCACACGUUGCCUAAAGAGCCAGAUCGUACUAAGAAGGAUUGGCGGUGUAACCAUUGCAUCAAGGGGGUUGAAUUCUUUCCACGAACCAUUGAGUUUUUUGAAGAUGAUAACAUUACCAAAUUUCCUGAACUAUUCCAUGUUUAUGAUUGGGACGCCCUUAAUAAAGAGGAGAGGAAGAUUGCAGUUGAACACCUUCAAUAUUUGGAAAUAGCUCACUGGGAUACCAUUAAUGGAAACGAUUUUGGGCAAAUUUUUGGAUCCAAAUUCAAAAGACGUAAAGCAAGUCAUCUUACAAAGAAUAUGCCUAGAGAAUGGCGUGCCUGGCAUAAAAUGUAUGGUACCGAGCAACGUGAAACAUUCGACAUUCUCCAGGAACGACGAAGAGCCCGCGAACGAGGGGAAACACACUUUCGGUACAUAUCUAUAGGUGGCGAUAUCCUGUUAUCCGGUGUAGAAGAUGAAUCUGGUGACCCAGUGACAGCACUUCCAAUGGCAAAAAUUUCAAACACAUCUCCACACAAUAAAUCAUCUGCCGGAAAAGAAGCAUCAGCACUCGCAAAUUCACCCUAUGGCAAAAACAUACUAAGAGCAGUAGGUUCUUCGCCAGAUGAUAUGGGGGCAAACGCUAUGGAACCUUACGCACCGACGUAUUCAAGAAUGGAAAGAAUGGCAAUAGUAGAUCUAAUCAAUCCGAGACUAUUUCUGGAAAAAGAGUCAUCUGUAGGCAUCCCAGAUGAAUCCCUUACACAAUCUACCUUCCCCGACAUUACUACAACGCACAGAAAAAAGACAGUGAUUCCAGGAGUUGAAGUCAAGCUCGAAAGUAUUCGGAACAAUUUAAUAGACCAGAUUAAUGGAUUAAACUUCCAAAUGGCUAGUUCUCAAUUUCCCUAACGCAUAUCAAGAGAGAACCUAUCGAGGUUAUCUCACUUGAUUCUGACGAUGAAAUCAUCUUUGUAUCGGAGACUAAGGCUUCCAAAGCUGUAAGACAUUCUGAACCGGCACGAGCUACGAAGGUAGUAAUUGCAAAUGUGGAUGAAGAUUUGCGGGAACUGAAAGAUUUGCAAAAGUUGAGGGAGGAGAAAGAAAGUCUUCAGAGAGAUAUUGAGUUGCUGGAGAAGAAACGAAAGAUGGAUGAGAUCACCAAAAAGAUACAGGAUGCAGAAGCAAAGGCUAAGAGAAUCAAGACGGAGUAGGUGGCUUUUAUUUCAUCUAUGUUUUUAUGGAUAGGGGGUCGUAUUUCCGGGACUUGAGAUGCGAUUAUAUAUGAAGCUGCUGACACGGGAGAAGAUUGUGUUCAUUUUAUGCUGGAUUCAUCCCGUUUUAUCGUAAUAUCUAUCUUUUCAAGUCAAGCUGAAUAGCAAUAACAAUAAAUGUAAAAUGAUACCUAAUCGUUGAAUUGAUGGAGCUAUAUUCA